GCAAUCCGCUGAAACAAUAGACCGAUUUGCUAACAUUAGAUUCCCGAUCUUUCUUAGUUCCUCUUGAUAAUUCCUCUAUCACUACCGCGAUAUCACCCUUCGCAUAUUAAUCAAUCAACUAAAUCUAUCAUACACCACCCUCCCAAACAUAUGCAAUGGCAGCCGUCAUCGGAGACUUUGUCACAGAUCAUACGCGGUUACAUAACAUGAUAGCAGCCUCUGGUCUGCCACACGAACAUUCGCGGCCUCGCGAAUCCUCAUUCCGUUCCGACUCAAGGAACCGACCGCGCGAGGCGCCGUCCCAGACAGUAUACACUCCCAAUACUCCUACAACGUCAUACCGUACUUCGGCGCCGAGUGCGACGCCUUCCAAGCGGCCUUGGGAAUCUACCGAGACGGAAGUUGACCAGAAACAUUUCUCAUCGACAGGCGGUGCCUCGCGAUUUCCUACGCCACCUGAUUCUUCGUCGCCUAACCCCACUUCUGCCCGCGUAAGAGCACAGAAUGCAAGGAGUCCGUCGCAAGAAUUUAUGGCAUCAGAGACCCAAACCACUGCUACAGCAGUACCUAAUAGCUCUACCCCUACACCUACUCAGCAACAACCCUCACCCGACUCCGAUGCAUACAAGUCGCCCGCUCCUCGAGCCCACGCCGAUAGCACCCCCGCUCCUCAGCAGGGCCACACAGUCUAUGUACGCGACCUCGCACAUAUCCAGAGCCUCGCUCGCGCCGAUUUAAUGAACGGGGGAAAUGGGCCUGGUAUACUAAACGAUCCGCCGCUUCAGGCGAUGAAAUAUGAGAUUAGCCAAAUGCCAAUAGGCGACAUUAUCGAAAUGGUUGCUGCUCUUCUGACCAAGAUCACCACAACCAACGACCUCCAACAUGAUGCUCUACACAGGAAUGCGACACAUCAGCAAACAGCCGCUACUCAUAACAGCGAGGGUACUUCUAUGAGUCCCCUUAGCAGCUCUGUUCUUGCAUUUCAUGGCAAAAAUGUUCCUGCGAUUACAAUCUUGAGCUACUUAAGCAGGAUCCACAAGUACUGCCCGACUACCUACGAAGUCUUCCUAAGUCUUCUAGUCUACUUUGACCGAAUGACAGAGCGAGUUAACAAUAUGGUGAUGGAUGCUGAGGCGGCGCGAAGGCAGUCGCAGGCUCAACAUUCCAGAGGCCCUGUGCCUGAAAUACAACCCAACCAGACGACCGACAGUGAAAUGCGGGAUGAGGAUUGCGAUAGUGACCAGACCGAGUCAGACAUUGUUGACACCGACCCCGAGGAAAAGGGAAAGAGAACCACGCGAGAAAAGAAAGCUAGAGAACCACCAUUAUCCCCUCCCGUCGCACCGGCUACGUAUUUUGUCGUCGACAGUUUCAACAUACAUCGUUUAAUAAUUGCAGGUGUUACCUGCGCCAGUAAAUUCUUCUCGGAUGUGUUUUACACCAAUUCGAGAUAUGCUAAGGUUGGUGGUCUCCCAUUAGCUGAGCUCAACCAUCUCGAGCUGCAGUUCCUCCUGUUGAACGACUUCCGACUUGCUGUACCGGUCGAAGAUUUAGAAGCAUAUGCUACGAUGCUAGUUGAAUUCUAUGCAAGAGAGGUGGUGGCACAACGUUCAAGGCCCGUGAGUGGGUCUGAAUGAGUGCAAAUUAAUAUGUUUGGAAUAUGAAGCUGUAGGGGAAUAUUUUAGGGAGGCAUACCUGCUUGGACUACACACACCGUACCUAUCAACAACC